UAGGUUUACAAAUGGCGGCCUUGUAGCAAGAUUUAACAUGAAAAAAAGUAAAAAAAAAUAUCAUUUAGCCACUUGCAUAUAAUAAGCCCAUCAACAUGAAAAUUCGUUUAGAAAUUUUAGCCUCAACAGCUAUAAAACGCAAGAAACCUUGGCCUCAUAUAGUUUGGUUAGGGAAGGAACGUCAAAGCUUGUUUUUGUUGGAUGACAAACGUGUCAGUGUUCUCUAUAUCCCAUCUGGUAAAACAAAAAGAAAUGUUCAAAAAUUGUCUAGUUUGUUACCUGAAACUGUCUACAUUACUACAACACCUGGAGGUUUGUAUUUGGUUGGUGUCCAGUCAUCUGGUGAGUUAUUUACCUGGCACAAAGAUAAAGAUGAGCUCAAAACCAUUUGUGGACUUUCUACUCACCUCCUUAGUAAAGACAUAUCACUUUCUGGUGGCUGCAAGGCCUUCCCGUCAGCAGAUUGUUCCCAGAUUCUUGUGGUUGUGGCCAACCAGCAUGUGUUUCUAUGGCAGCAGCAGCCUAACUCUCAUGAUGCUAAGAACAAUACAUUUUUGGGUAAAUGGACAACACUGCCAGCCCCUAGCAGCAUCCAACUCCCGUCACCAGACUCCAGAGAGGUUUUGAUUCAUGCUGUGUUUUCCAGCACUGAGAUGCUAGGAAACUUUUGUCAGCUGAGCUUUGUAAGUAACCAGAGGAUGAAUCUCAGCAUAACAUCUCUUUUGAUCCAUUUCUCACCCUCUGUAGAUCCCCACAAUUCAGAUGCAUCAUUUACCCCCCUGUGGAGCAGUCUUGUAAAAUCACUUAGCACAAUACACCCUGGUUGUGAACCUAUUGCCAUGAAAGGAGCUUAUGUGUGCCAGUACACACAUGAUGGCCAGAUUUUGGCAGUAGCUGUAAACCAAAAGUCCCCAUCCCAGACCAGUGUCUUGUUUAUUUCUCCAUUUACUGAAACAGUUCAAGUUUCAGACAUCAAAGGUUGUGGUUUAAAAGAUGCAAGUAACAGAAGAGGAAGACAAUACUGGAUAGCAGACAUGUCCUGGACCUAUGACAAUGUUUUUCUGGCUGUUAUCUUGCGGAAUGGAUCUGCUGGGGUGUUGUCACGCCUUGGAGAGCCACUGGUUUUAUUUUCUAAAGGAUGCUCUGUUGAAAUGGGCCCGGCCUAUUAUUUACCUUUUACACCUCUCAUCACAAUCCAGUCAGACAGGUCUAGAGUAGACGACUACCAGCCUUCAAUCAACUCAGAACGGGACCCCUUGCAGCAAAGAUUUUCUGUGUCCACCCACCCAACUUUACCCAUCCUGCUCUACUCCGAUGGCUACAUAGUCACCAUAGCUCAGCUGCCCAGUGAACUCAGUGCCAUGAUCUUCAUGCGGGACCUGGUCCUAGAGUCCUCCACCCACCUCAGACAAAUAGCUGAGACACAUCGUCUAGACCUGACACUAGCCAACGCCUACAACCUGCCUGCAGGCGAACUAGAAAGUGUUAAACACACCCCGCGUGGUGUUAAACAAAUCCGACCCAGUAAACUCCAUCAACAUUAUUCCUUUGAAGAACCAAGUGUUAGCAUAAACGAAACAUUAGACAGCGAAGUCAGCUUUGCUUUAGGUGUUGAUGAGUUUUCCAAGCGUUCAGGUGCAAUGGAGAACAUGAGUUCUGGGAAAAUUGUGUUUGGGGAGCCGGAAGUAUUUCUUAUGUCUGAAGGUUCGUUUCUGGGUGAACCGAAUUCAACAAUGAAAGCGUUACAGCUGGCUAAAAUAAACUUGUUUAAUGUGUGGAAACUGGCAGCCUCCACUUCAGACUUGUGGACCACAAACCUUGAGAAAAUCAUCACCCACGCUGUCCACAACAUUGUCAAGAUGUUCUCUCUUCUACUAGACUGUCCACAGAUAAAAGAUCUCCUAGAAGAAGCAACUGAGCAAAUGGUUGAAACCCCAGCUAUUCAUACUGCCAGUUUAUUUAAGGUUAUAACCAUGUUCAAACAGCUGACAGAUCUCCUCCAGUUUGACUGCCAGCAGCGCCACCUGCUGGCUCCCAUGUUACAGCUCAGCCAUAAGACUCUGGUGGCCAUCUUGUCCAGCACUGGCCUAGCCCAGUCUGACCCCCGGCUGAAGACAUUAACUGGCUGCUUCACCCUGCUCAAGUUCACAGAGAAAAGUGUCCAGCAGACUUAUGUGAUGACCCCUGCUGGUCUGAAGGCUAAAGGGAUGACACCAAAACUUGGAUUUGUGGACAGCCAGAAUCAGGCUGGAGAUGGAGACUUGUUUCACACAGAUAUUCAUCUUUCUAAAAGGUUAGUUCACCAACAGAUAUUCAGCUUUCUAAAAGAUAUUCAGCUUUCUAAAAGGUUUACAGCCUCGUGGAAGCUUCUGUACAAGUCUGUGUUGCAGUUUCUCUCCAGCAGUGAGGAGACAGCCCAGGACAUCAGGCAGGCCCAGAUCUUACAGAGUGCCAUCCAGCAGUGUCUGGUGGAAGUGGAUGGGGAUAUCCCUCUCAUGGAAGCCCCUGUCUUGAAUCAUGGUGAAAGGUUUAGUUUAGAUGGGAAACACACACUGGCAAUGAAUGCCUGGAAGGAACAGUUAAAAAACUUUCAAGAAUCUGGAAAUGUAAAGGACGCCGCUCGCUUGUUUCACUCACUUCUCUACACGUACAUUCUACGUAAUGAUCUGGUGGCGGCUGUGUCUUUUGUUGAUGGUCUCAUUGUAAAGCCCAACUCUGGGCAGGUGGAAGACAUUGACCCAAACAGAGAAGUGUCCAGUCAGCAACUUCAGCCAUCUCUCAUGACUUUUGUAACGGGUACACUCAAGGCACAGGCCUUACAUCAGGCGGACAUGGUGCCGUGUAUACGUGACCGGGCAGUCAGACAAGUGGUCCAGUCCCUGGGCAGGUUCAUGGCCGCUUACUUCAGUAACCAGAUGGUCUUUAUCUUCCCACCCCACAGCCCCACCCCCCUGCCUGCAGUACACUUUGAGACCUCCAUUGCCAACAGCCGCAUCAUUCCUAAGUACCAUGAAGAUAUGGCGGCCAUUAUCCGGCACCAGAAGCUGGGAGCUGUGUGGACAGUGGAGAGGACCUUAGAGUACCUGCUGCUGGGUGGACUGGUGUGUGAGGCCACCUGGUUUGCUGACCGCAUGGGGGACUGGAAGGCGGCCUACCAGCUGUCAGUCUCCCAUGAAAUACACAAGCGCCUGGCUCCACCCCUGUAUCAGCAGCCAAAGAAACCUCUUAUGUUACCUGAUUGGCUGGGUCCUGAGUCCAUUAUGAAAAGGAGAUUGGAGAAGCUUAUCAAAGAUGAUAUAGAAAUAACCAGUGGCACCUCAGACCUGACCCACCUGACAAAGAUUCUAGAGGACCUUGCCCUGGCUGGGCUCAUGGGCUACGCUGAGAUUGGCUUCUGGCUGCUAGAGCAACUGGUCAUCAAGCUCAAGUCCAUUGUCAAGCUGUUCCCACCUCUGGUCACCAAGGACUUCUAUCUGCCCUCACCACCACUCUACUGUCCACAGCCAGCACGGCCAGAUAAGGCCCAUCAUUCCCUGGAGGCAGAAGAUGAAAUAACACUGAGACAAAGAGCUGCCUCUGUGAUCCAGCUGGCUGUGUGUGUGAUGAAUGCUACCCAUCUCUCUGUCCCGUCUAUACGCUGGUAUGUGCAGGAGCUGCAGGAGGCUCAGAAAAAAGCCAGGCAGUUCAAGGCCAACACAGAGGGACCCUGCACUGAGUUCCCUGAUGUUUUGUUUCAAUACUUGGCUGCUGAGUCGGAGUUUUAUCAAAAGUUUGAAGACUCCUCCAUCCAAUCAGCUCUCUCCAAUUUCCGAGACUUUUGCUCAUUAGUUUGGCUCCUUGAUGCCCGAGAUAAAUUAUCUCUGUAUAUAAGAUCCAGAGAAAAGUACCUUUCACUGGGGUUAGAUGUUGAAGAUAAUGAGCAGUGGCUACGAGAAUGCUUCACUACACUACAGUGGGCUGUCAACAUGGUGCCUUUCAGUCGAUUUUUUUCUGACGAAGCCAGUAUCUACAAGGUUGUUCUUUCGUUGCUGCUGGACCUGCCAUCAACUGAAGACACAGCCAACAUCCUGGCAGAACAUAUGUACGAUGUGGACAAUCUUCACCCCGAGGUGCAGGAACGGCUGGAGCGUAUGCUCAGCUCUUGGCAGAGCAUCAUUCUGAGGCCUGAAGCAGACGGCAGAUCUGUGGGGGACAGCCUUGAUUUGGAGGAAGAUGGACGCAAGUCUGUCACAUUUUUAGCUGCCAGCCCCAGGGGCAAGAGUCUGAGUGUCUACUUCCAUAAACAGUGCAUGAUGAUGGAUAAAGUACUUAAGAAAAAAACCCAAUGCUAUGGCUCUUAUGAGGAAUUUAUUUUCCCUAAAAAGAGCUCCAAGAAAUUCAAACUGAAUGUUGGCUCUCGUCCUUUUGAGACCAAAAAAUCUUACAUCGAGUUUCUCGACACAUUUGUUGCGGUUAGCUUCAGCAAAAUUUUGGAAGUGAUGGCCGGCAAAAAUAAAGUAUCUGGCCUCCCAUUUUUGCGAGUGUUUGCCAAAGACAUUGUGGACGAUGAAAUAAAAUUCUUUAUCCAGAGAAAUGGCGCCCUUGCUCAGGGUAGGAGCAACAACUUGUCUGUGCUGUCUGGCGCAUCACAGGCACUUGCCAGAGCAAGUAGCCAGGGAAAAAUUUUCAGUGGUAAAAAGUUUGAGAACAAUGUGCCUGGUAGGUCUUUUGCAGGGGAGGUAAAUGAUGAUACAGCCAUGAAUAAAGUGAGAGAUGGUAAGAAAAGACAACCUGUUGGAUUGUUUAGAGGACAAAGUGUGGUGGAGGCGAGGGUGGAGAGAUCACAUGCCAGUAUUCAAAGAUCUGAGAGUGAGCCUCUGUUGGAUGAAGUGGACCUGAGCUACUUUGUUGGGUCCACGCCAGGAAGAGGGGGGGCCCAGAACUUGUCCAGCCUGGCCUCCAGGUUUGGCCAGUCUGACGAGAACCUCUACAGGUCCAGUCUGUCCAGGGAGCAGACGGCGUGGUCGCUGACGGUCAACUUUGGCAAGAAGUACACCCUGCUGCAGCAGCUGGUGGAGUGGCUGGAGGUCUGGGUCAACAAGUCACACGCUCUGGGGGUCCAGGGGAGGGAGGACAUCUUGGACACUCAUGCUAAAAUGAGGAUCAGGAUACCUGCCCAGCUGAUCGUGCUCUCCCUGUGGCUGCUAGAAAACAAGUACACUGUCAACACACCUGUGGAAGUGAGGCGUGAGUCACCCACACGCAACAGAGGGCGGCGGUCUCGGAGGUUGAGUAAAAGUCCUUUCAGGGGUCAGUCACAGAGUCCACCUAACAGGUCAUCAAGGACAACUUCCCCCUCACAACACAGCUCAGCACGGUCACCAAGACAAAGGUCAGUGACCCCUCCAAAGCAGAAGACAGUAGAGAGACUACAGUCAGUCGAAUCUUUAGUGAUGUCUAAACAGCUGUUGGACUUAAGGAACACACCUUCCAUAGAUAAAAGCAGCAACUCUAAGCAACAACCUUUGUGGCAGUCCCAACAGUCAGGAACCCAAGAGCAAGAUGAAAUGAUCAGUGCCUACACACACAUGUUAGAUGGGCAAGAUGAGAGCAGCUCCCUAGACGUCAGCUCUCUGGGAUCUGAUGAGCUGGAAGGCAGUUUAAGGAAUACACUCAAUCUGAUCAGGAAGUCAGCACUGAAUCAGACAAUCUUCCCAAAAGAUGAGUCACCUGACAGAAAAGACCAGUCCUCUCAGCAGUUUCCUAAACCUAAAGACAGCAGCACACCAGUUAAAGCAGUAGAGAAAUCUGGGCAUCCGCCAUCAACUUCACUGAAGGUACAUAAUGAAGAAAAGGUGAUGUUAAAGAAGACACAUGAAUCUGUUGGUACCUCACCACUGAGAGACUCACCUGUGUCAGAGAGAAGACAGCAGAACCAGGAUGUUGGUCAAGGCAUUGCCAGCCAGUUGCAGGGGAUCAUCAGGGAUGAGCUGCGCAGGAUAAUGGAGGUCCAGCAUCGAAGUGUUCUGGCCAUGAUGGGGGCUAUAGAUGGAACAUCCCCUGCUGACCUGCCUAAACCAUCCAACUCAUCCAUCAAUCUGGACUCUGCUACCCGCCACAGGAACUCCCAGAAUUCCAAGCUCAGGCAAGCUGAUGCAGCCAAACUGAAGCAAGUACAAGAAAAUGAAUUAAGGCAGUCUUCAGCAGUAAAGAAUCAACAGGCAUGGAGUAAAGAGAGGGAGGAUGAGGAAACAGAAUCUGUGGCAGAGAUCCCAUCUUUGCAGGAUGAGAUGGUUCCACAGUCUCCACCCAAGAUGGCCAUGAGACGAGACAAGAGGGGGAGCAACAUGAGGGAGGUGUUUGCUGAGCUGCAAAAUUUGCAGCAGGUCACAUAUCAGCAAUCAAAGAAAGACAGCCAGUACCAGUCCAGCUACAAUAACUUGAGUCCAACUACCAACUGGGUCUACUCCAGCUAUCCCCAGACUAACGAGAAAGGAAACCUUAGGCUGCCAUUGUUACUGCGCCCUGCCUGGCCAGAAGAGAAACAAGAUUUCUUCCAGUUUGUGCCUGGGCAGCAACAAAACAUGCCGCUGUUGAAGAUCAACAAAACAAUGGAACCCCACGAUCCUUUCCAGAACCUACGCAAAUAUUUACCCCAAGUUCCUCCCCCGCAGACGUCCACCUCCCCCUAUCCCCCACCUGCUCAGUCCAGACACCCCCCAUUUUCUCAAACACCUGCUCUCAUUCACAUCCCCCCAACUCCUCAGCCAUAUUUAUUUGCCGUCCCUCCACCGCCUCCCCAAAGCUUCCCAGCCCCCCAGCUCCUCAACAUCCCCCCGCCCCCCUACAUGCACAACCCCCCCUCCCUCCCACCUGACCAGAUGCCAGCCUCAGGGUUUCCCCUGUUAAAACUGUUGCCACCUGGCCACCAGGUCAUAGAGGUCAAGGACAGGGUUGAAGAAACCAGGAGACGUCUGCUGUCACAGUUCCAUCAGCAGAUCCUACAUGACAAGGAAAACCUGGAGAAAAAUAUUUUGGGCCAGCAUAUGCUACACCUGGAGGAUGGGAGUGGGCCGGAGUCGGCCAGGUCAGAGAAAUCUAGGUCAUCAGGUCGCAGUCCAUCAAGGUCAGAGAGUGAGCAGGUGGUGUCAGAACACCUGGAGAAGCCCACCUCAGCCCAGGCCUCCCAGGCUGCCCCUCAGGUGGCUGAUGCCACUACCAGUGACACUCAGAUCUCCCAUGGGUUUGCAUUCCCUCCAGGUGUUUUUGAAAGUUACCUGCAGUUAGGUGAGCACUUGGUAGGUCCUGAUGUCAACCAAACUAACGCUGCCUUCCAGUUAAAGAUGGCGCUAGCCAUGCAGAAACAGGUGGAGAAAAGAAUUAGGACCAAGGUGGACUUCAGCACUAUGACACAAGAGCAGGUGGAUAUGGCCAUGUCAACUGACCCUGCCAUGGAGGUCAUUAGAACAGCUGAGGCUGCUACAUCCAUCACCAAGGACACAGGAGUUGACCCAGUUCAAGAGGUUCUCAAUGAUUACAACAUGAAGCUACACAACAACAUCCUUCCCCCUGACAUCUUCAUGGGCCUGCGCUUUGGUGAGCAGGCAGGCAGUGCCACCUCUGGUGCUCCACCAGCCAAUGAGCAUCCUGGCCAAGGGAGAGCCUACCUGAAUGUGGUUGACAUCCGAGCGUCAUCCAUCCUGCGAGACAUACCUGAGCAGUCACAGAGGGCAGGGCUGGGGGAGGAUGAUUUGGACUCAGCUGUCCUACAGUCUCAGAACACGGUCAAUCAGAUUGAAGCCAUAGAAGGAGUUUUAAGAGAAAAACUGGCACCAAAUGUUGCCAAGUCUGGAGCCCCCAGAGGAUUUGACUCUGUCACUGUCAAGUUGUUUGAGCAGCUCAAAGCUUCCAAAGACAGCAGCAUCUCUAUGGCUGUGCUGCCCCACAGCAGUGUGUCCGAGUCCAAGGCGGCCAUGAUGCGCAGGCUGCGUGACAUGAGCGACCAGAUGAAGCUCAUUGAUGAGAUGUCCCAGAACAUUGAGCGUGACUUCAAGUCCUCACAUAUGCUCUUGACCACCAUCCAGGAUGUGAAUGCUUCAAUUCAAAGGUCAAGGUCUCCUAGUCCUACCAGGUCAAAGGGUAAAAAAUACCAAGAGCUGAGAUACUCCCUUGAAGAAGAUGACGAUGAGAAAAAAUCUCUUCCGCCUGGGUCAGCCAGGUCACCUAAAGUUAGCGCCAGAUCACCUCAAACCAGCGCCAGAUCUGUUAAGUCUAGGAGUGGUCUAAGUACCGGAAGUCGUGAGGUCCUGUCAGCCUCUGAGAGUGACCUUACAGAGCUGAUCACUGAGGUCCUGGCACAGGAGGGUGUAGACCUGCAGGCAGCAGGCUACUCGCAGGAGUUGGCUCAACAGCUGGAGAAAGAUGUGAGGGAGAAGAUUCAGAUGGACAGGCAGGGUCAGACCCCCAGGGACAGGCUGAAGAGCAUGAAGAGGGAGGGCAGAUCUCCGAGGGCUCCGGCAGAUAGGGAGAUGCUGAAACAUUGGAUGACAGAGAAGUUCCACCAGAGGAACGAGGAGUACAAGAGGAGGAGGAGGGAGCUGGUGGAGAGGGAGCCCAAGCCUUUUAAGUCUCAGUCCAAGAUAACAAGAGUGAACCUGAAGACGCUGGAUGAAGAACUGACGGAGAAGCGCAUCAACAUGAUGUCAGAGUUCAUGAACCAGAGGAUCCUGGAGGCAGAGCACCUCAUUGGGGACAUCAUGGUGGACCGGCCGCAGAUCCCGUGGGACCCAGAGCCCAGGAAGAGGAGGCUACCCUCAAAGUCACCAAAGAGGUUUGGGUCAACGGCCUCCACGUCUCCCACACGACAAGGUCCUAUGGGGGUCAGGAAGUCAAGGUCACCUACCAGAAGGACAGAGAGUGUGGCUACCUCGUCCUACAAGCCAGCCUCCUCCAGUCACUCCCCUCCAGGGAUAAGAUCCAAACAGUCAAGGGACUCAACCCCAGUGAAGGGCAUCCUGAAAGCCACAGGUAAAGAGACCCAGCUGAGCAGCACUGACCUGUACUUUGACCACCGGGUCCUGUCGUCCAUCAGUGAAGCUGACCGGUCAGUGGACUCAAGUGCUGACCUGAUCCAGUACGCCAAGCGUGUGCUGGAGGCAGACAACAGGGAUGAGAACUCCCCACCCAUGUCUUUCCUGGAAGCUAAACCUCAGCAACCACAAAGAGCAGCACCACAAUCACCAGGGGCAAAGAGAGUGCUGACCCCUAGAGGCAAGUCCUACGCAGAAAUGGUGCGUCUGCAGAGACCAGAGGCGACCAGGAAGUGGAAGGAGAUCAACAGACAGCGCCACCUGCAGGAAGUCAGGAAAGCUGCCCAACAAGACACACUGAACAAAUCCAUCACUCAGAACAUCAACACACCCAAGGCUAAGACCAAGGAAUAUGGAUCCAAACAAAUGCCCAGCUCCAGCACAAGGCAGAUUGUGACACGCAGGGUAAAGACUUAUUCUGAGAGACUGCAGGAGAUGAAACCCACUAAAAGACUCACUAACCAGGCAGUAAGGGGGGCUCAAGGCUCAGUGAAAACAUCUAGUGCCACAAUGCCAUCAACUUCUCAAUAUGUUCCAUCUCAGAGGCUUGAUCAGCCGCAUGCUAAAGCUACAUCAACCCAUAAACAAACAUCCCAACAGAAAACAUCACUCCCACUGAGAACAUUCAUGCGCUCUCAUGGGCCUCUACAUAAACCUAAAACUUAUGCUGAGCAGCUCCAGGAGUUGAACCCACACCCACACCACACAGACUCAGUUCACACUCGACCAGCUAUGCAAUCAACAGUAACUGUGCGCCAUUCUGUGUCCCGGAGCCAAGUCAGACCUAGACCAUACAACGAUCCAUACUCUGACAUGGACUAUGAAGAGCUGGCGUCUGUACUUAGCGACUGGGAGAUAGAUGAAAAUGUGCGGGGCAUCCUCUACGGUGGCUCUACUGCAACAAGCUCCAUGGCCUACCAGGUGGAUGAAUUGGACAUGAGCAUGUCAGGUGGUGACCCACGUACCCACAUGGCUCCAUCAGAGGGCCAGUCUGAUUAUUUUGAUGCAAUCAUGCAACGGAGAGAACCUUUCAGGGUAACAGAUGAGUUUGGUGCUGGGGACUACCGGUCCUCUGUUGACAUCCAGGAAAUUGAGCGUAUAGCUGAUGCUGUGUCUGUGGGUAGUGGCAGUGUUCUCAGUGUUAUAGACUGGGACGCAGUAGAAGACCUCAUCAAGUCUGUUUAACUUACCAAGACAUGUGCUAGCCUAAACAAAAAUAAGAUGCUAAGGAUU